UAGUAGAGCGAGCUUUUCCUCAAGUUUCUCGGAAUUUGAGUCACAAAUUUUCCCCUGUCUCCUUUACAUGCUUAUAAGGUAGACGCAUGUGAAUUUCUGCUGGAGAAACAGAUCUUUGAGAUUGAAAUGUGGCGGUCCAGAUCGCCGUCGCCAUCUCGGGCGCAGACAAGCCUUGUCCAGUCCCCAGUGGAAACUGUACAUGUGAAACUGUGGAGACGCAGGACGGGCACUGUCCACUUUGCACCUGCAAGCCGAAUGUUACGGACACAGUGUGUUUAUUACGGGUUGACGGCGGGUGGUCAGCCUGGAACUGGAGCGCCCCCAGCUGCAGCUGCGGUGUGGGGUACUGGACCAGCUCUCGCACCUGCGACAACCCCGUCCCCAGGAACAACGGGACACUGUGUGAGGGGCCUCUAUGGGACAUACAAUCAUGCUGCGAGGGUGUGUUUGACUGUGACUUUGAGACGGACCUGUGUGGCUGGACGCAGGACUCGGAAGAUGACUUUGACUGGACAAGGCAUGAGGGGUCCACAGAUACUGGCAACACAGGACCGCCCUAUGACCAUACGAUGGGGGGUGCCAAUAUCGCCCUGGGGAGGACAGCAUACCAGACAAGCAGGUUUCGGAAUAGCGGGCCUGCUCAGCGGGCUGUAGACGGGAACACCGAUGGCGACUACAUGUCCGGGGCAGGUUCCUGUAUACACACCAACAGAGAAUCUAAUCCCAGCUGGUGGGUGGAUCUUGGCCAGUCGUAUGUGGUUAUCAGAGUGGACGUCUUUAACCGCCAAGACUGUUGUCCUGAACGACUCAACCCCUUCAACAUCCACAUCGGGGAUUCUGACCAGGUCAUCGCAAACCCCAAGUGUGGUGGUGAUCAUCGAAUCGACAUAAGCCAGCCGUCCAUCUCCGUCUCAUGUCUGGGGAUGAAGGGUCGAUACGUGGGCAUCCGUCUGGUUGCAUCCUACCAGCCGCUGACCAUUUGUGAAGUCCAGGUAGUUUCGGAGAGUGCAUGGCUGAAACGGGAUUCAUCAUGGGUUGUGGAGAACAACGGAGAUGCCACAAAAGCUUUGGAUGGAGAGGACGGGACCUACUGGAAUCCCCAGGUCAACUGGUACAUCAUACUGGACCUUGCAGCGCCCAAAACUCUGGCCCGCAUCGCGGUCAACAACUACGGAGACGUCACCCACGACAUCACAGCCUUCACCCUGCAGAUGUCUCAGGUUGGGAGUCCGUACAACUGGGAGGAUGUGGUGACCGUCGAUAACGUGCUGGGAGGGACGGCCCAGCGCCAGGAGUUCGGGGGUUUCCAGGAAACAGCGCGGUACUGGAAGUUCGUGGUGGAUCGGACCCACGGAAACGUGCAGCCAUGGCUGAAAGAACUCUACUUGUAUGGAAUCACAUUCGAUGAAAACGGCCAUUACAUGUACAUCAAUACAUCCUCCCCACGAGUUGAAGGUGACAGGGCACUCCUGUACAGCCCUACAGUCACCACCACCUGUACAAUGUACCUGCGCUUCUGGUACCACAUGUAUGGCAGUGCCAUCGAGACGUUGAACGUGUAUGUACGGACGGACUCUUCUCUUCCAGCGGUCCCUGUCUUCACUAGGACAGGCGAGCAGGGGAACCAGUGGCUCAGUGCUGAAGUAGAGAUCAGCACCACUGGCAAUUACUAUGUGGUGAUAGAGGGAAUCAGUGGAUCAGACAUUACUGGGCAGAUUGCACUGGAUGACAUCACACUGGAAACGGGUCAUUGUGCAACAGGUGGCUGCCAUAGUAGACCGUGUCAAAACUACGGGACUUGUGUCGAAGAUGCAACAACUGCAACAGGAUAUGUUUGCCUCUGCUUGGAUGGAUGGGAGGGGCAAAACUGCACCCAAGAUGUAGAUGAGUGUCAGAGCAGUCCCUGUGGCCCUGGCACCUGCCAUGACCGGCUCAACGGUUACCUCUGUCAGUGUCCCUGGAGCUACCAGGGAACCCACUGCAAAGCCCCAGAUGAUUUGCCAGUGAAUUGUUCAAGACUUGGAGUGUGUGAGAACACUGCACCAGAUGAGAAUACUGCAGGCAGCUGUAUGGUGUAUGCCUCCAUGGUGGAAGGGAUUUGGAGGUACGAUGGACGCAUGAGUCUCGUCUACCGCGCAGAAAACGUCAUCCACGGUGACGUUGACCUGACGGGCUGCCCUGGUGGUGUCAUCACCAGGUACGGAUGGAGCAUUCUCAAGGAAGUACUGAGUGACGGAGCUGCUGUGUACAAGCUGCCAAAUUUGAACAUAAAGGCAGACGAAGAAGAUUUGGUGCUACCCGGCCAGUUACUACAGCCUUGGAAGUACAUGAUUCAGUUUCAGGUCACUGUGCAAGACAACUCCACUGACAUGAAAAUAUAUUCUGUGGCACAAACAUGGGUCGAGGUGUUUGCAGCACCAUUGGUGGUUACGUUAGGGUCAGCGCUUGUCACCCGUUACGCUCACGAUGACAUUUGGGUGAGCGCAGAGGGGUCUUGGGACCCAGAAGGUUUAACCCACCCAUCCGUGUGGCACUACACUUGGACAUGCAGCCAGAAUCGUGGCGGAACUAUUGAAGACUGUGCUGCAGUAGAGACCGACAGUCGACCAGGAGCGCUGUACUUAGGGAACAGUCUGCCGGCGAAUACGACAUUCAGGGUCACGGUCGUGGCCUCCCAUCCAGGGAGGAGUGAAGUCGCUGCGUCUCAGACGAUCACCCUCCAUGAUAACGCAGCUUGUCAAUUAUCCAUCGCGUGUGACAGUAACUGUGACCAGACCAGGCUGAACCUGACGGCCCCUCUCCUGCUCAAGGCUGUCCCUGGAACAAACACUACCGCUAUGUACCAGUGGUCAGUUGUGGGGUCCCCAGAGGCCUCUACAGGCCUGCCAUCCACAGUAGAUGUGACCAGGGAAACUCUUCUUGUAGAAGCAAACACGUUUAAAGCUGGGGAAAGCUACAUCAUACGCUUAGUCAACCACAUCCAAGACUGCAGCCCUGAAGGUGCUGUUUCAACAUGGGCAUUUCGCGUGAGACCUGAAGGCCCCCGCCUUGGCAGCAACAGCACUAAUUGUAGUAUACACCGCAACAGUUCAACUGGGUGUGUCUGUUGUGAAGAAAUCGUUGACGAACUCGGCCCAGUGACUUACAAAUUUCAGAUCAUUGCUCCAUACGAGAAAGACAGGGGCCAAGUACAGUUUCCACCUGACAGCGACUUUGUGAUGACUCCGUUGCCACUAACGCCUUUUGAAACAAUGAUUCCAAGGUACUGCCCAGACGUCCUACCACAAGAUGAGCUCACCGUACGACUUUGGGUCUCAGGCACUGAUGGACGAAUAGUGGCAGAGAAGAAGAUUACAGAAGCCUUGUCAGAAGAACAAGCAGCUUUUUCUGAUGAUGUCAUUGAGGUAAUCUCCAGGUCUGAGAUGAAAGACCUGGGUACAAUCCAAAACGUCGCCACAUUUGUGACUCUGGCUUCCGCCAAGAAUGUGACUUUAGCAUCUAAGGCUAAGGCCGCAAAGACACUUCAGGCAACCGCUGAUGCAUUGAAGAACAUGACAGAAUCUGGAUCAUCCGUGUCGGUGGAAGAAGUAAACAUUCUGACAUGCACCAUGUUUACAGGAACGACCCACAUGUUGGAAGACUCAUCGAAUGUGUCUUCUAAUGCCGAAGACACCGAGAAGGUUGCAGAGUUCCGACCGCAGAAGUCCGGAACUGCACUCAGCAUCCACCUGGACGUUGAGCAAACCCCAGAGCCACGAGAUAUCCGCCUAGUUCUGCUGAACGUGUCAUCAGCUCCGAUUCCAGAAAACUACGACAACGUCAGCUUCACAACUGUUCUGCCUGUGCCACGGAAUGAGUUGUUCACGCUACCUACACUGCACAAUGGCCCGCAGGUCAACCUAACGGCCAGUCCCUACUCCUGGCUGAUACUCCCUGAGGAGGGACCUAUCAUGGACUACCAGAGCGUGUCCAACACUUCUUAUUAUUUAUAUAUGCUCUACGAUACCAAGGAUGCCAUUUCCAGAGCCAAGGUGACGAGCAAGUUUACAGUCAGCAUUCUGGAAACUGCCUGCUUGUACUUUGGAGAAGAGUCACAGCAGUGGCUGAGCGAUGGAUGCAAGGUGGGUCCACUGUCGAAUACCACCCACAUCCACUGCCAAUGUGACCACCUGACCAAGUUUUCUGGAUUCGUGCCCCCAAACCCACUGCGAUUUGACAAAGUGUUCAGCGCCAGUAUUUCUGAAAACACCGUUGGACUUAUCGCCGUCCUCACAGUUUUUGGACUGUUUCUGAUGGGCUGCCUUUUGGGGAGGAAGGCCGACAGGGCGGAUCUUCAGAAAAUUGGUGUGACCAUACCAACCGGUCUCCGUCUGAACUCUGAUCCUGAAAACCAUUACGUCAUAACGAUCUACACAGGGUACAGAUCAGGCGCUGGGACUACUGCACAGGUUUCUGUCGUCCUGUUUGGUUUCAUGGACGAGAGCGAGCCCCUCCACCUGUGUGACGACAGGCGGGUGCUGUUCCAGAGCGGCAGUGAGGACUCCUUCCUGGUGUCCACGGAGAGACGACUGGGCCCGCUCACACACGUCCACGUCUGGCACAACAACGCUGGCUUCAGCCCUGGAUGGUUUCUUAGUAGGGUCGUGGUGAAGCAUGUGCAUUCUGGUCAGCAAGACUACUUCAUCUGUAACAAGUGGCUGGCUUUGGAUGAAGAUGAUGGCAGAAUCAACCGCAUGAUUUUUGUCGCGAGUCCAGAAGAGCUGUCCAACAUAUCAAACCUGAUAAUGAGCAGGAUGUCAAAAGACACCCAUGAUGGCCACCUUUACUACUCCAUGGUCGGCCGUCCCGCCCGCAGCAGCUUCAGCCGUGUGCAGCGCCUGACGUGCUGCAUGUGCACGGUGUACUGCACCAUGGCCACCAACAUCAUGUUCUACAGGCAGGGAGACAAGUACGACCCACCAGAACCCAUCAGGUUCAUGGGCGUGGAGUUCCAACUCCCGAUCAGCUUACCUGAGAUAAUGAUCAGCGUUCAAAGUGCUGCAAUGAUCCUACCUGUGACGUCUGCCAUCGUGUUCCUGUACAGGAACGCGUCACCUCGCCCACCAAAGGCCUCACCUACAGCACUCACAGAGCCACACGUGGUUUACCGCGGUCAAAGGCCCGGCACAACCUCGGUUCUCCAGCCAGAAGAACUCUCAUCUGACGAACCAACCAGGAUGCCCUCACGCCCAGUGAAAAGUGCAGUCGCCCUGCCAUCCGGCCUGAUGGAGAGGCGUCCCGCCGUUCGCCACCUCCGCCCAACUCCGAGUAGGACUGAUCCGGAUGUGGGGGCAAUCGACGUCAUGAUGCAGGAGAGGUCCUCUGACUCUUCUCCAACAGAUGCAGACAUAAAACCAAAGACUGGACUCAAAUUACCAUGGUGGGCAUCAUGGCUAGCUGGAGCUCUAGCGUUGUCUGUGAGCUUUGUGGCAGCGUUCUUCGUCGUGCUGUACUCUCUGUCAUUUGGCCGCGUCAAGGCAGAGGCCUGGCUCAUCACGUUUGUCACGUCGUUUGUGACAGACAUGUUCCUACUGCAGCCUGUCAAGCUGAUGGCGGCUGCUGUCAGCAUUGUGCUGAUAUUUAGGAAACCUGACAAUGAUGACGACCUACCGCCAGCUGCAACUACAGAUGACGAAGAGUACCUUGAUGUUUUGCCUCAACCUCUACCCUCCUAUAAAAUGCGUACCGAGCUUCCGGGUAAUGACGUCCUUGAUGAGGACAGGGCUCGCCGCCUCCGGAAAAAGAAGAUUCGCAGCGCCCUGAAAGAGGUCCUGCUGUACGGCAUGUUCGUGUGCGUUCUCAUGUUGAUGUCCUUUGGCGAGCGAAGCAGUCAGGCGUUCCACAUGAACAAGGCUAUCAACGGUUUUGUCAUGGACAGCUCCAAAGGCACUGCAUUCUCUACGAUAUCAGACGUGACUCCAUUUUGGCAGUGGGUGGACACCACCCUGAUCCCUGCUACCCACUCCCCACCAUGGUACAACCGUCAGACAAGUAAACAUGGCCUGUAUCUUCCCGAUCACAUGACACACCUCAUCGCUCCACUGCGAUUCCGACAAGUCCGCAUGAGACAAGAACAACAAUGCACCAUUCCGGACACCAUGGCAAAUGUAUCAGCUCGCUGCCUCGAUAGCUACUCUGUACGAAACGGCGAUACUUCCAACUACAACGGCAGCUGGGAUGCACCAAUCAACCCAAAUCAUACCCUCACUGAUGACAACAGCAUGGCACAGUCCCCGUGGUAUUUCACGUAUGGAAACGUGGCUGAUGGUUUUGCAUACAUCGGAAAGCAUGGCACCUACGCCACAGGUGGCUAUGUAGCGACCCUCAACUGGACAUUCGACGGGAGCAUCAACAUAUCUACCAACCUACAAACUAACAACUGGCUGGACGAAAAGACCCGAGCAGUCUUCAUAGAGAUGACGCUGUACAAUCCCCAUGCGAACCUGUUCUCAGUGGUCGCCAUGGUAACGGAGUUUAGCAUCACAGGAGGCGUGUCCAUGGCACCUGAGAUGACGACCUUCAGGCUGCAUCAUGAGGACCAGGUGACCCUGCUCGUCCUGCGAGUGGCCAUGGCAUUGUUCAUGCUCUACUAUCUCAUCGUAGCAGUGAUGAACUUCAACGCGCGGCCGCUAGAGUACCUCACAGAGGCGGGGAGCUGGUUGGAGAUCUUCAUCGUCUUCAGCACUGCAGCAUCACUCGGUCUGUACUUCCGAGCCCAGGGCGCCAUCGACGACAUUACCAGACACGGACACCAGAUGUUCGAGAGCUACCAUAAAGCAGCCGCGUGGUAUCAGAUGUACACUUAUUCCCUGAGCUUUCUGAUUUGUUGUUCCCUGUUGAAGUUCAUACGCUUACUGAGGUUCAACAAUCAUGUCUACAGCUUGCUGAAUACGAUGAACAAAACAGCAAAGCCAUUGUUCAAUUUCCUUAUCAUAGCAAGUAUCAUCUUCACGGCAUUUGCUCUUGCUGCUCACCUUACCCUGGGCCUGAAUUUGAAGGAGUAUAGCACUCUCCUGGCCACCUAUGAGAGUCUGUUUGGCAUGAUGUUGGGGUCAUUUACCUUUGAAAGGCUACAGGAGGGCUCUGCAUUAUUCGGACCAGCCCUGUUUGUGUUUUUCCAAUGUACCGUCCAGUUUUUCCUGCUCACCAUGUUCAUGAGUAUCAUCAUGGACGUAUACGCCAAGUCUCGAGAGGUUGUAAAUCCUGACCAGUUAGAGAUCAUGCAGGUCUUAAAAGAUGAAGCAACCGAGGCUAUCAAUAAGCUUAGGUCUUCUGCAAAAACGCAAAAGGACUGCCGGCCAGAUCCAGAAAAGGUUCCACGAGUGACCCUACAAGAUCAGAUACAAAAUGCCAUUGUAGAAAUGGAGAAACAAAAUGCCAUGGAGGAAGUGGAGAAACAUCGGCAACCAAGAGAAAGGCGCAUCCAUUUUCUCGGCAAUGAUGAAGUAUAUAUUCGGAAAUAAGGAUUCAUUUGGCCUGGACCUUUAAAUUCUUGCAGCUAAAUUUCACUACUAGGAAUCUGCUGUAUUACUGAUCCUUGGAUUCCUUUACUGAAAGUCAGACUUGUUGAAUCUGCAUGCUGAUUCUAUAUGUCUUAAGCGUCCAGAAUCUUUGAAUAUGGAAUGAAGUUUUUUGUCUGUAAGUGACAUUUUGCUUUCAUAUAACGUUAUUAUUGUCAAACCUGGUCAGGCAACCACCUGGGGCAGUCAGCUACAUCCAGCCUUACGCCACAGCCACAGUCCUAUUCAAUUUCAUAUAAUUCUUCCUAUAACUUAUAAGUCUUGCUAUUGUUGUUGUCACCAAUUGCCCAAUGCAAAAGUCCUAUAAUGACCCAGAAGAUAAUGUGUGCUCUUUAGGAACCUCUGGGAUUUUUCGGAUACACAUUUAAAUAUCUAUUUUACGUCAGAAUUGUUGAUAUGAUUUAUAGAGUAUAAUUAAAGAUCCAAUUGUAGCCAUGUACGUAUAAAGUAACCUGGAAUCCAGCCUUGUUAGCCUUGGUCUGCUCCCACCGUAGCGACCUACCGAAGCGGACCAAAGCUUACAAGGCUGGAUUGCAGGCUACUUUACUAGUAAAGUCAAAUACGUAAAAGUUCAUUAGGUUGGUAAAUCAAUUCAACUUUGUUUUCUUCGGCAGAACCUGACAUCUUCUUGAGAACAGCAGAAAGCUUAAUGUUUUUUAAACAUCCGUAGAGAAGAGAUGAAAUAAAAGUUGUGCGGCUAGGAAAAAUCUGCUGAAUCAAAGUCAAAUAUUUUCAAAAAUAUAUCACUGACAACAUUAAACCCUUCUAUUCCGUAUCACAUAUGUAGAGAAGAAAUGAGGUUGUGUGGCUAAGAAAACUCUGUUGAAUCAAAGUUAAAUACUGGUAUUUUUCGAAGAUGGAUUAGAACGAUAAAUGUUACUCUGUUCCAACAUAGAUGUUUAUCUCAGAGUCCAUAGCACAUCCUAUGCCCUCUCCCUCCUUCAAAGGUGUGACAUCACAGAUAUGGUAUGCCAGUAUUAUAAAUGGAGGCAAAAAAAGGUUUCACUGCCAUAUGGCUUACAUGUAGGAAUUAAAACUUCAGAUCAUACAGACGUCACCAGUUUAAUUUUCUUCACCAACUAUUCUUUUCUAGUGAACAUAUUCAUAUGACGUGUUGAUAUGAACAUUUUGCCAUUUAGUGGCUAAUUUAGUUGUAAAUUAUACUGAGUUACAUUUAGAUUAUGUUUCCAUGUUGAUGCUUAUAACCACUUACGCUAAGUUAUAGGUAUAGGUAUGUUUGGUUUAAAGAAAAUUGAAAUGAAAGUUUUAGAAGAAUUGAAAUGAAAAGCUGUUAGAAUUAUCAUAUCUUCAUACAUGCUAUUGCUUAUAACUAUACAAUUCUCUGUGAUUACAAAACUGUACAUGUAUAUCUUUAUAAGUCCUACUAUAGAAUUGAAGUAAACUGGAUCAUGGACAUGUUGUAAACAUAUCUCCAACAGUUUUGAAGUUUGGCCUCGUCAGUUAUCCUGCAAAUGUCUGUACUUUAAUAUAGAUGUCCAAAUUACAGACUAAUGUUUGCGCUAAGCAUAAGUUGCACCAUCUAUGAGAUAUAGUUAUGAAGUGCAUAAUUAUGUUAUGCUGUUUAAAUUAGUGCUGGCAACAGUAGAGUUCGUUACUGUAUAGAUGUUCUAUGAUGUAUGCACAAUGCACUUUUACAGCAGCAAAAGGAAUUAUACCACAGAUAUAUGCACUA